UUCAUUUUUCUAUUUACCGUUCGAAGCUGUGGGAAAAAACCCUUUCACUCCCCCCUCCUCCUCUCUCUCCCUUCUCUCUCUCUCUCGUUUGAAGGAAAGGAAACCCUACCCGGUAGGGAAAACUCGCGUUCUCUAAGUCGGAGAGUUCCUCUUCUCUCUCCCGUCCACUUUCACUGCCAUUUCCCCGAUUGUGGUGUAGUGUAGUGUAGUUCCGACAGAGAAAAAAAACCCUAGCGGGAGGGAAAUAAUGGACGUGCCGGCGGAAACCCUAGACGCGCUGUCGGGGUGGUUCCUGCAGUCCCUGUCCCCGGACGCGUCGGUGCGGCGGGCGGCGGAGUCGUCGCUGGCGGCGGCGGCGUCGGCCCCGGGGUUCCCGCUGGCGCUGCUGCGGCUGGCGUCCCUCCCGUGCGACCGCAGGUGCCCGCUGGCGGCCGCGCGUCACUUCAAGAACCUCCUCCGGUCCCGCUGGUCCCCGGACGCCGACAACCCGCUCCCCGGCCCCGACCGGGAGCUGAUCAAGUCCCUCCUCCUCCCCCUCCUCCUCGACUCCCCCGACCGCCUCCGCCCCCUCCUCUCCGACUCCCUCGCCCUCGCCUCCGCCGCCGACUUCCCCGCCCGCUGGCCCUCCCUCCUCCCCAACCUUGUCUCCGCCCUCUCCGCCGCCUCCGCCGACGCCGACUUCCCCCGCGCCAACGCCGUCCUCUCCGCCGCCCACUCCCUCUUCCUCAAGUUCCGCCACUCCUUCGACACCCCCGCCCUCCGCCUCGACCUCAAGUACUGCCUCGACCUCUUCGCCGCCCCCCUCCUCGACGCCUUCCUCCGCACCUCCCGCCUCAUCUCCUCCUCCCUCCCCUCCUCCCCCGCCGCCCUCCGCCCGCUCUUCGAGUCCCAGCGCCUCUGCUGCGAGAUCUUCCACUCCCUCAACGCCAUCGAGCUCCCCGAGUUCUUCGAGGACCACAUGCGCGAGUGGAUGACCGAGUUCCGCGCCUACCUCACCGCCGCCUACCCCCCCGCCGUCGAGGCCGACGGCACCGUCGACGCCCUCCGCGCCGCCAUCUGCGAGAACCUCCAGCUCUACAUGGAGAAGAACGAGGAGGAGUUCAAGGACUACCUCAAGGACUUCGCCUCCGCCGUCUGGGGACUGCUGAUGACGUCGUCCGCCUCCCCCUCCCGCGACCACCUCACCGUCACCGCCAUCAAGUUCCUGACCACCGUCAGCACCAGCGUCCACCACUCGCUGUUCGGGAGCCCCGACGUGCUGCAGCAGAUCUGCACCAGCAUCGUCUUCCCGAACAUCCGGCUCCGCGAUGAGGACGAGGAGCUCUUCGAGAUGAACUACGUCGAGUACAUCCGGCGUGAUAUCGAGGGCAGCGAUGUCGACACCUUGCGGCGGAUUGCUUGCGAGCUUUUGAAAGGGAUUGCGUCGAACUACAGGGAGCAGGUGACUGCGCUCGUCUCCGCACAGAUUCAGGCAAUGCUGGCCUCGUUUGCGGCCAACCCUACCGAGAACUGGAAGGAGAAGGACGCAGCUAUUUACCUAGCGGUCACGCUCACCCCCAAGCAGACCGGGUCGGGCGGCGCUCCGGCCUACCUCGUCGAUGUGGAGAGCUUCUUCACAUCUGUGAUCGUGCCCGAGCUGCAGGGGCCGGACCCAAAUGCAACUCCCAUGCUGAAGGCCGGGGCGCUCAAAUUCUUUACCGUGUUCCGGGACAAGAUCCCGAAGAGCGCAGCACUGGCCUUGCUGCCGAGUGUUAUAAGGUUCCUCGCCUCGGAAUCCAAUGUGGUCCACUCCUAUGCUGCGAAUUGCAUCGAAAAGCUGCUUCUGGUGAAGGACAGAGCACCCGCUGUUGUGCCCGGAUCGAAUGCCGUCCCCACCGCCCCACGGUACACCGCCUCAGAUAUUAACCCUGUUGUCCCUCAGGUAAUUACUGGCCUAUUUAAUGCUCUGCAGUUCCCAGAAUCUCAGGAAAACCCGUAUAUUAUGAAGUGCAUGAUGAGGGUCCUUGGGGUAGCUAAUCUUGGCGGCGAGGUUGCCGCGAGCUGUGUUUCAAGCCUAGCAUCGGUCCUGGUUGAAGUAUGCAAGAACCCGAAGAAUCCCACCUUUAACCACUACUUGUUCGAGGCGAUCGCUGCCGUCGUUGGACGGUCUGGCGAGCAGGACCCAUCGUUGCUCCCGAUGUUUGAGAUGAGCCUUUUCCCAGUUCUUCAAAAGAUUUUAGUUGAGGACAUUGCGGAGUUCUGGCCAUAUGCCUUUCAGAUAUUCGCUCAGCUUAUCGAAUUGAGCAAGCCACCUAUCUCGGGUAACUACAUGCAGCUUUUCCAAGUGCUUCUUUCACCAGAUUCGUGGAAGAGGUCGGCAAGUGCUCCUGCAUUAGUUCGCUUGCUGCAGGCCUACCUGCAAAAGGUCCCCAAUGAGCUGAACAACGAGGGGCGGCUGCUUCAAGUCCUUGAUAUAUUCAGCCGGCUGGUCUCUGUCCCGAGUACAGAAGAAUUGGGUUUCUUUGUGCUUAACACGGUGGUUGAGAAUCUUAACUAUGAUAUGAUCACACCUCACAUUAAAAACAUUUGGGCUGCGCUCUUCACUCGUCUGCAGAAUCGGCGAACUGUGAAGUUUGUGAAUUCGUUGGUGAUUUUCAUGUCGCUGGUUUUGGUCAAGCACAGGCCAGACGUUCUUGUGGACUCUGUUAAUGCGGUUCAACCUAAUAUAUUUCCUGUGAUCCUUCUACAAUUCUGGAUUCCUAAUCUGAAGCUGAUUUCUGGUUCAGUUGAAGUGAAGCUGACGGCUGUUGCUUCGACAAGAUUGAUUUGUGAGUCUCCGAGCCUGUUAGAGGCUUCAGCAGCUGAGCUUUGGGGUAAAAUGCUAGAUGGUAUUAUUACUCUGCUGACCAAAUCGGACAAGUUUGGAGCAGAAGUAGAAGAUGAUGUGCUAGAUAUUCAUGAAACUGUAGGCUAUUCUGUCUCUUUUGCCCGCCUACACUAUGCUGGGAAGAGGGAGGAUGAUCCUCUCAAGGAAAUUAGGGAUCCGAAGCAUUUUUUGGUUACAUCUUUGGCCAGGCUUUCUGCACAGUCUCCAGGGAGAUUUCCGGCUGUCAUUGAGAAGUAUGUUGACCCGGCUAAUCAGAACACACUUCUUCAGCUUUGUGCCACUUAUAAUAGUACAAUUGUCUAGGUUAGCAGUGGAGUUGGAGGCUGUUCUCAUACACUUUUGUUUGUUGGUCCUUCCGAGGCUGUUCUCAUACACUUUUGUUUGUUGUUCCUUCCCACCCUCAACGGAUAGGUGUAAAAACGAGGAUCCAUGAUACAGUGAGGGGUAUGGGAUUUUCCCGGAAGAUUUACUGCAUUAUUCGCAUGAUACUGUUGCAUUUUUGUUUUUCUUUGGCGAGGUUUUACUUAGAAGAUUGAGUCGUAAAGCAAAAGCGUUGUCUUCGAGGCUUGAAAGGGAGAUUGUGUGGUUGUGGAGUAACUUUUCGGCAUUAUUUUUCGCCAACGGUUCAUCCAUUCCAGUGGGUUCGUUCUUGUUUUUGUUAAGUUAAGAAUGGUUGUUAAGCCCUUAGUCACGGCACUUUUGAUAUAUAUUUUUUUUCUUUUGCUUUUCUUUGCCAUUUUGGAACUGGAGAUCAAGAGUUUAUGAUUGAAAUGAAUCUCUUGAGGGAAAAAGAUAGUGCUGAUGUCUUGUUGGAUCUUGGUAUCUUGGCUCGGUUUACAUCUCGCAGUUUUUUUUUUCUUUCCUGCGUUUCUGUUGUUUAUCUAUAAUGGACUUGUGAGAGCAUGGGUUUACAAUCCUCUGAGAAGCAUCACACCCGGGAUAUUGAUGUUUGUAAAACAAACAAUUUUUAUUAUUGCUGGAGCAAAUUAGCCUAAAUUGUUGUUUUGA